GCGAGAUCAUCAUCGCGUCAGUCAGUAUCGCUGCGGUUUUCCAUCGUGACGGACGGUGCAGGAAAUUUCACGUGACGGAUUUGGCAAACUUAAAUCGAAACCAGUUUGAUAAGAAUGUUUUCGAGAUCCUGCUGAACGGUGACCGGUGACUGUGUCUGUGUGUUAGUACGUGACGGUUUUCGAACGAGGGCUCGAUUAAUCUCGGAAAUCAGAACUCAUAAUCGGGGGUGCGCCGCGAUUGAAAGACUAAUAAAGACAUCAUUGUUAAACGGUCGUGCUUAGCGAGAUAGAUUAAUUGAAGUCGGAAUCUUGAUAUAGAAAAGCUGGCCCGUAAUCGUGAGUGCCGGUCGUGGAAUCUCGCGUUAAGUAACACGGUACAAAAAGGGCCGUGUCUGAGGUAGAGGAAUGCAGCGCUCUCGAGGGAUUGCGAUCGAUUGCGAUAAGAUAUAUCGGGAUGCAUUGAGCUGUUUGUUUUGAAUAAGUGAAAUAUUUGUAUUGACCCCUUCGUCGCGACUUUGAUUGAUGAGUACGAGAGUGUCGCUAUUUAGUAUAAUUGAAAGUAUUUGAAUCAAAUGAUUUAGGUUUCUUUGCGAUCCCAGCGCAGCGGUGGCAGAUUAAAAGAUUUUGAUUGAUCUGUGUGCAAAUGUGAACUCGAUUUAUUGUAGAGUGACAUUUUCUUAACCCAUUAUUGCCCAACCUACUAUAUAUAGUAGGUGCUAAGAAUAACUCCUAUUACUUAAGGAAUAACGCAGAACAGGCAUUAUCAAUGAGUUAAUAUUGUUCAUAUAUUCUUACAGAAUACGUUUAGAGAAGUUAGAGUGGUUAAACUGGUGUUUAUGUUUUGUUUUUAUUCAAUUUUCUCUUAAGGGGUUACACAUUUUUGUCAUGAUGAAAAAAUCGAAUUUUUGUAAAUUAGAUAUUCUCAAACUACAUACGCUGAGGAAAAUUUUCUCAAAAUUUCAUUAAGAUCGAAAUACUAAAACUUGAGUUACAGCGAUUCAUAGACCGCUACUCAUUGACCACUCGUAGGCGGUGCGUAGUGUUUGAUACGCUAGACCGUUGACUCGUUGCAGCGACAGUAAAACUCGAUUAUCUCGGAAUUGUAUUUUGUUGAAAAGUUCAUUCGCGGCGACCACGAUAUCUCAGGAAUUAAUUAAUCGAUCAAUCUUAAAUUUUCACUGGGUGUUCCUUAUUAUAUCAGCUACUCUUAGUAGAAAAUAAUUUUCACUGGAAUGACCACAUCAUUUUUUCCAAUCGGAAAACUCAAUUUGUGCUGCGUGUGAAAAAUAAGUUGGGCCAUAAUGGGUUAAUAUUUUUACAAAACGAAUUCUACCAGGCCUACAUUCGAAUCUCCACCGGGCGUGGACGGAGGUAACGAAGGACAGUAGACGGCAACGGACGAACCUGUAAAUAAGCGAUGCAAUGCCGGGAACGAAUCACACCAUCCUAAUAACGCACGACCGCUCCGCUUCGCUUAUACCUGCACGAUCAAUACCUAGAGAACCUACCGAUUGAAGCCGUUAGCGGACCAGCCGGCCCCGGCUCAUUGCAUACUGUUUUUGCAUACAAUUAGAACUACUAUUAACUCUAAUUAACCACGUGUGACGGUUAAACCAUCGGUAGACUGUGACAGCGACGCGACGCGUCGAUUUUAACCUCAUACACCCCCGGGUCCCAGAGCAGGUAUAGCGAAGAAUUCAUUGUGGCAAUUUUCAUCGCUCAAUUAUCAACGAAUUCCCGCUCGCGCGUUCAGCGAGUAGUGCCCUAUGAACCAGUGAAAAUCCCCACCAGAUCAUUUUGGAUCAGUGUUUUGUUUGAAUCGCAACGGGUGCGAAGUCUAAAUCGUGCAUUGUGAGUGAAUCGUAACUAUAGAAUCCCACCGUUCGCCAUCCAGUACAAAGGGUGAAAGUUUUUUUUUGUGAAAGAUUGUGUCGCGUCGCGUGGUGAUCAAAGUACCAGCCAACGAAACAAUUUGAUUCGAUUUGAAAAGUUUGCAGCGAAGUAAAAGUUCCUAGUACGAUGGCCAACAGGUGGUCACUAACAACUGGUGGCGGCGGUGGUUCCGCCAGCAAAGAGUGUGGUGAUGAGUUUGAAAUUACGGUUCUGCUGGACAAGUCAGCAUCCACAUCGUCAUCGUCGCCGGUUCGGGUCGUCAUCGUCAAUGAUGGCAGGGCUGGGGGCAAUGGUACCGAUGAUUGUGAUGUCGAUGAAAGUGAUGAUGAUGGCGGUGACGAUGACGGUCUCCGUCAGCGUCGGCUAAAUAAUGAUCAAACUUCCGGUGUCGAUGACGACCGUGACGGCGAUGACGAGGAACGGAUUAUAAUUCUCGAUGAGCGGCCCCAACGCUGCAAGCGAAAUGGAAAUGGGAAAGUGAAGAUGUCCAAACCGAAAAACUCCUCAGCGAACGCUUCGCCUACGCCGGUGCCGCAGGACGAGCACACAGCAUCCUUGAAUCUCGACACAACCCCGGCAUCGCGCCUGUCGGGCACUAGUAGCAGUAACAACAACCGUACCAAUCCAUCAACUCCGACCUCGAUAAGCAACAACAGCAAACGGAUGGCAAACGCUGCGAACAGUAGUAGCAACAAUAACAACCAAAACAGCAAAACGGGCCCCUCCGGGAAGCACAAAAACCCCGACGAGGAGUGCGAUGUGAUCGGAGACCUGAUAGGAGACUACGGCAAGUGGCAGUUUGUGAUGACAUUCCUCCUGUCGCUGUUCCAGGUUCCGAACACGUUUCACAUCUACUCGCCCACGUUUCAGGCAGCAGAAAAAAGUCACUGGUGCCGACGGCCGUCGCAUUUAAAUUAUACCUCUGUGGAACUAUGGCGGAACGUGACUCAGGCACAGGAGAACUGCCGGAUACUGAACUACGAUUGGAGUUCGGUCGGAUCCGAGCAACUUCUGAACAACUUAAGCUUGCCCGUCAACCUGUCUCACGUGGCGUGCAAUUCCUGGGAGUUUAAUCUUAACGAUAAUCUCGGAAACACGUGGGUGUCAGAUUGGAACCUGGUGUGCGAUAAGGAGUAUCUCAAGGACGUGGCGGAAAUGUUUUUUCUAGUCGGUGUGGCCACCGGUGGUAUCACCAGUGGCGUUCUGUCGGAUAAGUUCGGUCGUAAAAAGAUGCUGUUCAUAUCGGCUGUUCUGCAGUCGAUUUUUGGCCUCGCAUUGUACUUUGUGGACUCGUUGGAGUUUCUUUUUGCUCUCCGAGCGCUGCUCGGGCUUGUGUCAGUUUCCGUUACCUACGCCGGAUUAAUUCUCGCAAUUGAGUAUGUGGAUGGAAAGUGGAGAACUAUCGCUGGCAUGUACAAUCUUUUCCCUUUGCCGGUUUCGUAUAUAAUUAUCUCGGGAAUAGCCUAUCUGACACAGGAUCACCGAAAGCUACAAUUGUGUAUCGGUCUGCCCGGAGUGCUUCUUUGCUUUUUAUGGUUCGUACUUCCGGAAUCUCCUCGGUGGUUGCUGUGCAAAGGGCGCGUCGCCGAGGUCAAGGAAAUUGUGCGGAAGGCAGCUGCCUACAACAAUCGACCACUGCCGGAUAAUUUGGACAAACUGCUGAAACCACCGACGGAUGUGGACGAUUCCAUGGCUGGCGCUUGCGAUUUGUUCCGCACCCGUUACCUCAGACGGGUAACGUUUUGCUUCCUCUGCAUCUGGUUCACCAUGAAUCUCGUCUACUACGGACUGGUACUCAACAUGAACAGCUUCGGUGGAAAUAUUUAUCUCAAUUCGGCUCUGGCAGGGCUAGUGGAGAUUCCUGCAAUAGCGCUAGCUAUGUACAUCAUCAACAGAACCGGGAAAAAAUGGCUGUUUUGUGCAACAUUCUUUGCCUGCUCAAUUGCCUGUCUAUGCGCUGCGGUUGUCGAGGGAAACCUGCAGUAUCUUUCGCUUAAAAUAACGUUUGUGAUGAUAGGAAAAUUCACCAUAAGCGCUGGAAAUACCAUCAUGCCGGUUUAUACCGCGGAGCUUUAUCCAACUGCCAUCCGUAACGUUGGAGUGGGUGCCUGCAAUGUUGCUGCAGGAUUUGCACUAGUUCUCACGCCGUAUCUUUCUAUGUUGCCAAAAAUCGAAGACCACCUUUUGAUGACUCUACUGAUAGCUUGGUGUAUCUUCGGUGCUAUUGUCGUUGUGUUCCUACCGGAAACUAUGCAACAUCACGACCACGAGGAACGAAAUGAUGAUAAGGAAGCCGACACUCAAAUGAUGACCUAAAUGAACAUCUCGGACUCAACCCACAGGUAGCGUGAUGUCGCCUACCUUGAGAAACGAGCUGGAACACUACUACUGCCAUAUCUAGGAGUUGUUUUAUGUAUUCAUGGAUUGACAUCACCGAUUUUAGCAGUGAGACAGAGUAAGAAAAAAACGCGAAAGCGUGUUUUUCAGAUGAUGGACAUCCUUUAGAUUAAUAGGAAAAAUGGCCGGAAAACCAUUGGAAACUGUCAAUUUUUGCACAAGUAUUUAAAGUUCACGUGAUGAAUGUUUAAUCGCUGUUCUCUCUUCGUACCGAAUAUAAGGCGAGAAAAGUAUAUGUUUUGUGAAACUUAUAUCUAUAAACGCAUUUAUUGCAUACCGAGGAGCAUAGUCUAGGGAGAGUAAUCGCUGUUCUUCGAUGCCAUAAUGAAACAAAAUAUAGUAGUCAUUAGCAAUUUUUCACAAAUAAAAUUUGGUGCAAGAUGCAAUUCAAAUACAGAAUAACCAAACUAGGAUUGAACUAGCAGACGAAUUUUAGGCUGCUCCUCUGGCUGGACCAGGGAGCUGUUUUUAUAUAAACUAUUUGACAACUGUUCACAGGACGAUUAUUUACACACUCACCAUUACAGUAGAAGCUGUAUACGUUGAUCGACAUACAACCACACUGCAGUAACUAUAUUACACGUAAUCUAUUUAUAUAUUGAUGCGGGAACAUUUUAGAAUCCUUUGUAGUUAAUCAGUUUUAUCCAGAUCGUGCAGCAUGUCAUAGGACCUUGCGUCAUUUACUCAAUAUUCUCGAUUAUUUGAAAAGCUCUUGGACAAAGUCUAUCUCCUAGGUUUACAAAUUUAACGUUGUUCGAAAAACUUCACCGAAGUUAAUAUAUUAAUGUUAGAUACAUGAAGAGCAAAAAAUGUUUAGAAUGUAUAGUAACUUUGGCUAUAAUUAUUUUAUACUAGGCAAAAGAUACAGAGGAUGAUGAAUAUAUCCCAAGUGACAAGCACGUCUACAUAAUACCGACUGAGUCCACUAUAUCACCUCUGCUACAUGAAAAUGUUGCAUUUAGAACUGUUGCGUUGCCCCCGUCCGCCGCAGUAGAAUGGUAGCACCGAAAAAAAAUUACCCUAAAAAAUCUUCGCACGAUGGUACCAAUGAGGAACAAAAAAUUAAUAUUACAAUCUAUCAAUUUUAUGGCGCAUUGUGAUAUGUCAACACAGUUUGGUGAAACAAUAUCCCGUAGAAACGCUUUCGAUGUUUUGUAGUAACUAAAAAUAACAUAUUUCAUGGAACGGAGCUCAUGCCAACAAACCAAUUUGAAUGUACUUAAAGCUACUAGGAGAAUAAGGUGUCAAAAACAUAAAAUAAAUAUCAAAAUAAUGAAAAAAACCGCUUGAUUUAGGAAAACGGUCGCUUCAACAAUAUUUUUCUAUCAACGAACUACAUACAAAAAAAAAACAAUGUUGUAAUUUUAAAUGUGCGUAAGAAGUUAUAACUAUCAUUGUAUGUCUGAGCUGGAUUCGAUUUUAGUGUAGUUAGAAUAGAGAUUAGGGAAUUAAACCGUUUGCCACUCGUAGAAGUGCUGAGAGUUGUUGUUGUUGUGUUUGAUUGAGAGCAUUUAUUGAGCCGAUGUAUGCGCCUAACUUGUUUGAGACAAUUAUGAAGUAUAUUAUUUUAAGUAUAUUUAAAUGAAUAAGUACUUAACAACAGAGCCAUGAAAAUAGAAAGCAAAUUGUGUAUAUGUUAGAGUAUUUGAAUGACAACUGUGUUAACAUCAUCGAUUCAGAUGAGAUUGCCACAGCUGUGUACAUAACCCGUAUGUUAUUGAUUGUAAUACCAGAGGAUCAACAAAAUGGUGGUGAGCGCCACUAUAGCAACUAGAAUAACUUUAAUAAAUGUGCUAUAUCAGA